AUGACUGCUUCCGACACACAUCCUCUACCCACAACCCCCAACCAAGUCACCGCAUCCUGGCUAAGCAAAGUCCUUGGGCACAAUGUCAGAUCCGCCGAGCUCACUCGAAGCAUCCUCAACGCAACAGCCAGCAAACUCUUCUUCACAAUCGAGUACCAAGAUGACAACGAUGCAGAUCGGCCAAAGCACGUUUGUCUCAAAGGAGGUUUCAACCCUGCCAUGAUGGCAGUAGAGGGAUACAAGGAUAUGCUUAUUGCAGCGUACACGAACGAAGCCCGUUUCUUCAGCCUCGUCGCGCCGAAUCUGAGUCACAUAUCCCUUCCCAAAAUAUGGUGGGCAGGAGUCGAAGAAGAGCAGGGUAUCCUUGUCAUGGAGGACUUGAACCAUUCUGGAUUCACGUUUGGAAAUCCUCAAGAAGUUUGGCCGGUUGAAAGACUCAAAGCUGGCGCCGAACAGCUUGCUGCGCUGCACGCAAGUACUUGGGGAUAUUCAUCUGAGAAGUAUCCAUGGAUCACGCCUUCGUACGAGGGCAUCAUUAUGGGUCUCACGGAGAUGUGGGAUGACCAAAUCCUCGGAGCCGAUCGGCCUCCGUGCCCUGAUGUUAUCAAGAACUCCCGCGAGCGUACCGUAUCCGCUAUCAAGAAGCAUUUUGCGACGAAGAACCCAAAGUUCAUAUGCUUGAUCCACGGCGACCCGCACACUGGCAACACAUACUCCGACAAGGCCGGAAAUCCGUAUUUUCUCGAUUGGCAGACCUUCCACAUCGGAUCCCCGUUCCACGAUCUGACCUAUUUCAUUGUUGGUGCUUUGUCGGUAGAGGAUCGUAGGACGCAUGAGAUGACCAUCGUUGACCAUUAUCUCGAUACCCUGGUUCGAUUAGGUGGUCCUUCCCUGUCCACCAAGGACGAUGAGGUUAUGAGAGAGUAUUCAAAGUCGAUGAUGUCGGGAAUGGGUUGGAUCUUGACUCCAUAUACUUUGCAGCCAAAGGAGAACGUGUUUGCAAUGUGUGAGCGUUAUGGUGCCGCGAUUGUGGAUCACAAGGCGAUAGAGAUUUCCGAGUCAUGGCCAGAUCCUCAGUAA